GCAAAGGUGUUGUAACAAAAAGCAAAUAUUGUGCAACAACUUUUGCGUAAUUAUCUUACUUAGUCAACGAAUAUUUUUGUAGAUCCUCAUAAAGCCAAGGUCGUAUUUAUGGAUACUGAACGUCGUAGGUGUUUUCGGAGAGAUAACCUCGUCUAAAAUAGCUUGAUAAAAAUAAAUAAUUGUCAGAGAUUCGUGAAAGAGAAGCUUAGCUCGGCAAUACUGUGCAUACUUUAGGCGUCACUACACGUCUGAGGGUGACGGGGGUUCUAUUUCGGGAAUACUCACCUCAUACUAAUGCCGAUCCAACUCGGCACUCCUUUGUCUUAUUAAAAGUAUAUCGGUCAAUGCGUAAAUAAUAUAAGUGCGUUCGAUUAUAAAAGUCUUCCAAAAUGGGAAAUCUCAUCAGUGGUGCAGCGACCGAGAGCGUCUCAACCACAAGCAAUACUUCUAACAUGAAUAGUGAAAGUGAAACAAAGGAAGACGUAAGCUGUUUACGUGAUGGCAAUGAAGUUGUUCCCGAAGAACAGUUCUAUGACACUGUUAGUGAUGACGAGGACACACGCGCUAGGUUAAAAAAAGAAGAAAUGAACGAGUUUAGAAAACAAUUGAGUGUGAAACGGGAACAAAGAAGAGAAAUACUCGCAAGACAUAGAACGGAAAAGAAAAAGUUAGAAAACGCUUUACAAAAUGAAGUUAAAUCAAAGAUUGAUUUGUGUGAAAGUAAUAGACUCCUUCGUGAGUUACUGGUGAAAAAUAAUGUUGAAAUCCCAGAAGAUCUUAAAGGCGUUCAACAACAGUCUUACAUUACAGACUCGAUAUCACAUAUGGCAGAGGAAAUUGAUAGAUUAAAAUCAACCAAUGUAUCAUUGCGAUGUGAAUUAGCGAAGACAAAUAAUGCACUUCAAGAGGCAUACUCAGAUAUGGCAGACUUAAGUGCUCAAAACAGUGCAUCUAUCAAACAAGUUAAUGCUCUUAAAGAAGUUGUAUCUGUUAGUAAGACGAUGAUAAGUCUUCGGGAACAGCAACUGAAUGAGUUAAAAGAUAAACUUCACGAUAUCGAACAAUCAUUAGCUGAUAGGGAAACAAGCAUGCUUUCUACAGAUCUCAGGCAAGAAUAUGAAAGACAAUUGCAAAAUAUACGGACAUUGCGUGGACUGUACGAAGAACGGGCUAGACUAGCUGAUGUAUCCAGGCAGGCUCUUUCGAGAGAACUUGAUGAACAUAAAGUUCUACUGGAAGCUGAAAUAAAUAAGACUAAAGAUCUCAGUUUAAAAGUUACCGAUCUUGAAACCAAAGUCAAUGCGUUAGAAGAAACGGUUGAAGAAAAAAAUAAUAUGAUUUCAUCAUGCCAGCAAGAAACUCGGGGCAUAAGGGCAGAGAUGUCAGUUGUUAACAAAUUAUUUUCUCAAGUGCUCUUGGGCUAUAAAAAUAAACAGGAUCUUGACAUUCUGGUGCAUCGUCUUGAAGAAAACCACGGUAUAUUGACUCAGAUGGCAGGGAAAGAAAAUGGUUCUCAAAUCUCUUCAGAAUUGCCUAAAUUGUUAUUGGAACUUGUAAGCCAAAUUGACGAUUCCAAUACAACUUCGGAAACAACACCGAUAGACAAUGUGCUAGAAGCAGGUUCACAAAGUACAACAGCCAAAGAAAUAGUUGAAAACCUGCCAAAGGUUUGGCGUGUGCUUAUUGAAUUACUCAGCCAUCAAAGCGAAAAAGAAGAAAAAACUACGGAAAAAGUAACCACUUGUUAUAAGUCUGUAGAAACAAAAUCAGGUCCUGUACUAGUACCAAGUGUUAGUCAAACCUAUAUUCGGCUUAAGGAUCUUAUACUGGAAAAAUUAUCAUUAAUCAAGGAAGUUAAUCGUAUGAAACAAUUGAACACUCAUUUGGAGUCACGUCUAGGAGAACAAGAGAAAAGGUUGGGUCUUGUUACAAACGAACUCAGUAAAACAUGGAAUGUCGUCGGGAGAUUACGACGUCAUCAUCAUCAAUUACAUACACACGAAAAAAUUCUUAAAUAUGAACUACAGCAGAAAAGAAAGUUAUUGAAUGAGCUAAAAGAAGAACUUGAAUACUGUCGUGAAAAAUGGGAACAAGCAAGAGAGAAAAAUACCCAGUCUGAAAAAGACUGGAAGAAACUACGAACUGAAUUUUCUAAUAGAAAACUUAAGCCAGACCUAGCUUCAAUCAACAACUCAGCUGAAAGUGGAUAUAGUGAUGAAAAGCAGUCCGAUGAAUCGUCAGAGUCAAACGAUGAGAGUGAAUAUAUAGAACUUAAGAUAAAAUGUAAGAAAAAAGUAAAGAAAUCCAUCGAAACAAACAUUGAUUCCAGUGCAGACUUUAAUUUAGCUGCAGAGAGGGAAGAUCCAGCCAGUGAUCUAUUAGAUGUAGCAGAUUUGCCAUUAGAUACACAAGAGGAUAACCCUGAAUGUGAUGAAACAUCUGAUUCUUUAAACGGAGAAAGUUCAACUAAAAACAAAAAAUUAUGUGAAGAGACUGAAGACGAAGCAGCUGACAUAACUAAUGAAGAAAUCUUUACUGCCGAAAGAUCACCCGACUGCAGUAUCGCUAGUACAGUGGACGAUGUAGAUGACAGAAUUUUCCAAAAUAAUAAUUGUGAUGUACCUGGAACAUCUACCAGUAAUGCUAAUUUACAUAUCACAAUUGAUUCAGCUGCUAUACUAAAAAGUAUUAGGGAACAGAACGAAAGAUUGGCUGAAAAAGAUAAACGACUUGAAAGACUAGAAAUAAGUGGUAGUCAUUUAUUGAAAAAAACACAACAUGUUGCAAAAUUAAGUGAUUCAAUAAAUAGUACGUUAGACAAUAUUCUUAACCGACCAACAACCAGCAGACAAUGUGAAGAUGUAAAUACUAUUGAACUAGAAGAAGUCCUACAUAACAAAAAUAUUACAACUGAAUUAUCAAUACCUAUAGAGUUAAAUAAUAAGGAAGAAAACCUUACCACAGCAGACCAUUUAGAUCUUCUUCCUUCUAAAAACUUUGAUUUUCGAUCAGAAAAUCUAAACUGUGAGCAUAAUCGAGAAGAGACAAUUACAGCCAAUAUUACUUCCACGUCACGACAAGUUACAAAAUCUAAUACAGAUGGCAAUAAUGGUCACUUUGAGGCAAUAUUAGAAGCUACAAAAACACAAAAUGAACCUCUUGAAGUGAAAGACGAACGUUUGGAAGAUUUAGAACAAGGAUGUUCAGAAGUAGCCAAUAUUUUGUCCAGUACUCUAAAUUCUGGGUCUACUAUGGUUGCUAAGUUAGAAGCUAUACAUGAAAAUUGUAUUGAGGCGGAGACAGAUGAGAUAAAAACACCUAACGCUAAUAAACCUGAAAACUGUGAUUUAGUAUCCAAAAAUAACACUACCACAAAUUUUGAAGAACCAUCAUCCUCUAGAGAAUUAGAUCACGAAGCAAGAUUCGCUGCCCGUGAUCGCCGCUUGAAGAGACUUGAAGAACAAACUAAAUCUCUAGUAAAUAAAGUUAACAAAACAGCAACGAAAGGUGUUAAAAUUCAUUACAAGCUAGAGGAACUGCAUAAUAUUUAUGGAUCUGAAAAUUCACGGUCUAGCACCCCUUCAGAAGAUACUUCUGAAGACGCUUCACAACACGAUGACGACAUACCAAAUGAAGAAUAAAUAGUAAUUUUACUUCAUGGACUUGCAUAUUAUGUUGAACAAUAUCGUUCUACAAACAAUCUGUAAAUGGAAAUGUAUUUUUAUUUUUACAACUUAUUAAAAUUACAGGAAAAUAAAACAGAACUAUUCACUG